AUGCAAGAGCAGGCAUCAAUCUUUCCGGACUCAAACUCUCAAUAUCCCCUUCCUCCACCUCACUCCUCAAAAUCCAACGAUGGCUGUUUAGCAACAACAGGACACGAAUUUUCGUCACCGAAUUUAUAUAAAUUAACUCUCCAGCUCACAACAGAAUUGGUGAUUACCAAAUGGUGGGACAAUGUAGUGGACAUAUUCACGUCCUCGUACCGAGCUUCUCGUCUAACCCUUUCUGUUCCCCACGAUCUCACUGACACUGUUAAUACACCCUGGGGAAUCAAAGCAAUGGACAACAGAGAUCAGUAUCUCAGCAGUGACAGCUGUUUUUCGAGCUCGAAUGACAGUAAUCAUAAUCAUAUUGUUUUCGACAAGUUGCAGAGUUUUGAUUGCGACACGGAGCAGUUAAUAGACAACAAAAAGAUUCUGUAUAUAGUUCAAGGAGGACGCAUAGUAGUAGUAUCAAGAGAAUACAGGAAAACGGGAGAUGAACAACCAGAAAGACGUCUGUGGCCAUCUUCAACACCGGAUACUCCCAUAACAACGAAUUCGAAUGAGGCAACAUCAUAUUUCACACAGAAAAGUUCCAAUAAUAUUCCAAACACACCGCUACUGAAUGAUCUCGAGGAAGGCAAUCUUGGAAAUCGUCUACGCUACAGAGACUCUAUGCCUUAUUAUAUGGCAGGCUCCAACUGUGAAUACUACGAAUACGAGCAGCAACAACCCUCCCCAUGGUCGCAAAGCCCCACCCCUUCUCCGGCCAUGACUGAUUCAAACGUUAAUCCGUUUUUUCAGACGAUGCCAGAAAUUGAUGAUGGUGCAUUUAACCCGAAUUCCGAAUAUUCUUCAAGCUAUUCGUCGGUCAAAUUUGACCAUUCUGUUAAUUCUAGUCACGCUUGUUCUAUAAUACAUAUCCCACUGAUACAUCCGACGACAGCUCGAAACGUCCUCCCUUCGACGACUCGCCAAAAUCCUGUCCCGAUAGCAAUACUAUCGUUUAUGUCUUCCGUCGUCCCGUAUCCGCCGAAUAUAGUAGCUUCCCUACAGUUACUAGCGCCAUUUCUGGCUACUACUAUGUCGAUGGCAUCGAUACACCAGCAGAAUAUCAAUCAGUUAUUAUAUUUUAACCACGCCCGAAACAUGUCGAGUAAGCGUGGACACUAUAGACGGAAGGGAAUGCGAAAGAGAUUGGGGAGAAUAGAAGAUAUAAAAAAGAAUAGCAGUGAGGAUAACUGUGUGCGCACGGAUGGAUCAAUAGAUGAUGAAGACGAGUGUUGGGAGUCUGAUAUAGAAAGUGUAACUAGUUCCAAGUCUGAACAUUCGACAACAUUCCCCACCUCUGGCUAUUAUCUGAUUGACCCGGAUAAAGGAUUUUAUGUUAGCGGUUGCCAUGAGUCUUGGCAAGGAGUAGAUAAACAAGUCAAGGAGUUAGGGAAAGGUGAUCAGAUAGUACAAAGUCCGCAGACAUACCAAUCAGAAGUCCGCCCGCACUCGACCGAAUCUGAAGACGAUUUUCUUCCAGAACCUCUUUCACGCGAGUCUCCGGCUUUGUCUCGUCCAAUUAACGUGUCCACAUCUGUAGAUUAUACACACACAGAUGAAAAGAAAAAGCCUCGGAGGUCAUCCAAGGGAAGUUUUGCCGGGUCGAGAAGGUCUUCUAAAGAUGAAAUGCAGAGGGUAGUCGCGCCAACGGCAGACAUGUAUCGUAUGAUACUAGAUGACAUGCCCAACAUUGCAUUCACCUUCUCUCGAACGAAUGGUGAUUGCACCUGGGUAAACGCCCGCUUCACUCAAUAUACCAAUCUCCCUGUCCAAGACCUGCUCGGCAACAGUUGGUUGCAGUGUAUCCACAAGGACGAUCAACAACGAGUAUGGGAUUCCUGGCGCACCGCAUUUAACCGUGGUGAAAGUUUUUCUGAUCAAUACCGUAUUCGCCGGUUUGACGGACAUCAUCGCUGGUUCCUUGGUCGUGCCCGCCCGAUUCGUGAUGCCCGGGGUGUUAUCAUUCAUUGGCUUGGUACAUCCACAGAUGUUCAUGAUCAAAAAGAAGCCGAAGAGCAACAGUUAACUCGUCGGCAUAUCGAAGCUAAUGAAAAGAAGUAUAGGAUGCUGGCUGAGGCUAUACCGCAGAUUGUUUUCACUGCGACGCCGAGGGAUGGCAUCUUGUAUGUAAAUAACAAUUGGACAGAAUAUUCAGGAAUGGAUUACUCACAGACCAAAGGAUUUGGCUUUUUGAGUCUGGUGCACCCAGAAGAUCGUGACAAGUGUGUUCUACCACAGGACAAUAAUCAGGAAGGUGGUCAUGGUGAAAUAUACACCAGAGAAGUUAGGUUGCAAGCAAAGGAUGAGACGUACAGGUGGUUCUUGGUAAAAUGUAUAAGUGUUGAAUCUUCAGAGCAGGGCAGAAAGUGGUUUGGAACUUGUACGGAUAUUAACGAACACAAAAUAAUGGAACAAGAACUGACGGCAGCUCACGAUGCAGCUCAACGUCUUACGGAAAGCAAAACGCGGUUUCUCUCUAACAUGUCGCAUGGCAAGUAUAAGUUGAAAAGGAGAGCGUUCCGUUGUCCCAGCAUAUUCCUCGCCUUUUCAUUAAUUGCGUCAUAUUUCUUCUUCUCGUCUCAUAAUACAGAGAUUCGAACACCAUUAAUUGGUAUAACGGGUACAAUAAGUUUUAUGCUCGCUACGAACAUGACGGAUGAGCAGCUUGAUUAUGCCUACACAAUUCAACAAUCAGCUGACGCCUUGCUCAUGGUUAUCAAUGAUAUCCUCGACCUGAGUAAAGUGGAAGCAGGAAUGAUGAAAUUGGAAUACGAACCAUUUUCUAUUCAUACGAUGCUGGAAGACACGAACGAACUCUUGUCAAAUUUGGCUAUACAAAAAGGAUUAGAAUUAAGUUUUAUUAUUGAAGACGAUGUACCGGAUGUUGUUUGCGGAGAUCGGACAAGGUUGAGACAAGUGCUGCUAAAUCUUGUCGGGAAUGCUAUAAAGUUUACAACGUCAGGUGAAAUAUUUUCCAGAUGCUCAGUGAAAUCCCUCGAUCCUGAUGAGAACACAAUAAUGCUUCUAUUUGCAGUAGUCGACACUGGUGAAGGUUUCGACAAACAAGAAGAAGCACUCAUAUUCAAGCCGUAUUCUCAGGCAGAAUCAUCCUCGACAAGGAAGCACGGUGGAAGCGGUCUCGGGCUUGUUAUAUCGCGCCAAUUGAUUGAGUUACAUGGUGGUGCGAUGACCUGUAGCAGCAAGAAAGGUGUUGGAUCGACCUUUUAUUUCUCGGCUCGGUUUUUGAUACCGUCAAAAGAGACUGUCCCGAGUCCACCGACACCAACCGGCGAAGUGUCAAAUUCUCCGUUCUUUAGAUAUAGCAAAGCCGAAGUGGCUUUGGCGAAUAAGGGAUCAGCAGGAGGAGAUGAUGGCGUGUGCUCGCAUGAUCAAAUGACGUCAACAAUUAGUAACAAUAGUGCUAGGUCUGCAAGUUCGACUGGCUCUUCGGCAUCCCAGCCCUCUCUAUCUUCUUCACUCUCUUCCUCUUCUUCGUUAUCGUCCAAUGUGUCUGCAAUUUCACCUUUAAGUCCACCUCAAACGUUUGCAGAGAGCUCACUUGACUUGUUCGACGUGAGCAAUAUCGCAACAACGCCAAAGAAAUUGCCUUCCAAUUUAAUAGCGCCCACAAAAUCAUUCGAUCAAUACACGGAGCUCCCACAUAGCAUAUGUGUUUUCAUAGUUGCCGAUCUCUUAUAUUCGCGGGAAACCAUUGAAUAUUAUGUUCGUUCGAUCUUGAAGACAAAUGCCUCUUCGGAAAUAGACGUUUUCACGACUUUUGCCGAUGCUAGCAAGACAUUGGCAUCUCCAGUCAUAAAACAAUAUACUCAUAUUUUAAUUAGCCUUUCAUCGCAAGCACAAAUAAUUACUCUCGCUUCAAUGGUAAAGAAUUCACCCAAACUCUCAUCUGCCGAUUGUAUUAUCUUUACUUGUCCAUUCCAACGAAUUGGUAUUCUUGAAGGCGCAGACAAAAGAGAAUUACCGAACAGAGUUGAUUUCAUAUAUAAACCCGUCAAUAAGAGUAAGAUGGAGUGUUUGUUUAAUAGUUCAGCCGCAUUGAGAAAUAAUUCCAUGAAAAGAAAGAAUACGAAUAGAAUUGUUACGUCACAGAAAGAACUGUUUAAGAGUAUGGUAGAUGAUAUUGGUGGGAAAGGAUACAAAGUAUUGCUUGCUGAGGAUGACCCCGUUAAUCAAAGAGUUAUGAUGAAGUAUCUGAAGAAAGUAGGCCUGGAUGUUACCGUUGCGGCUAAUGGAAUUCAAUGUCUGAGCGAGUUUUUUUCACAUUCCUAUGAUUAUUUCAGUCUGAUAUUGUGUGAUCUAUUUAUGCCCCUUAAAGAUGGCUAUGGGACAACGGAAGAAAUCAGAAAAUGGGAAUCCGAGAAUCUCAAGUCUGGGAGCGAGCUUCCGAUUCCGAUAGUAGCACUUUCUGCGAAUGUGAUGACAGAUGUUACUCAAAAAUGCCAAGAAGCAGGAUUUACCGCGUAUGUGAGCAAACCGGUCAACUUUGCCGUUCUCAGUGAUGUUAUCAGAAGAGUUCUCGGGGAUUCUGAUAAGGCGAAAUCACGGAUAUCCUGA